CGAAAAGAACAUAAUUAUGAGAGAGUGUUAGAAAAGCGUUUACAAAACAUGAAAGAGUAUAGUUAUCCAUUUCAAACAAAUGCUGUUGAUAAAAGAAGCAAUCUAUCUCUACAAGAGUUUUUAGAUGUUUAUGAUGGAAAAUGGCCAGUCAUUGUAACAGAUAUUAUCCCUAAUUGGCCAGCGUAUCGGUGGACCAAAAAAUAUUUUAUAGAAAAUUACCCAGACUCUCAAGUUUUUGUCUCUAUUAAUGGCAAGAGUGGCAGUGUAAGCAAACUUUCAGCUUUCCUCCAGCAACUUGACCAAGCCAACCAAACAUUUUGGUCCUACCUUCAAGAUGAGCUGUUUUUGCUCCAACACCCUGAACUCAGCUCUCAACUUCUGACCAUGAUGUACACUAGAGAAAAUUUCUUUAGCCUUUUUCCUGAAGAAAUUCGUCCUUGGGACUGCUUGUUGCUGUGGGGAACAGCUUUCUCUCGCUCUACGCUGCACAUUGACCCCUAUAACUGGACAGGAACAAAUGCUGUACUUAGCGGAGCUAAAAAAUGGAAGCUCAUUCUCCCUGGACAAGAUAGAUACUUAUCAGUCAAACCUGACCAGGAUUGUGGGUUUCCUUUGGAUUGUAAAAAAUACAACAGUGCAUUAGAUCUCUUCUCAAACGAGGAUGAAGCGAAUGAAGUUUUAACACAGGUCAAACACCUGGAGGUUGUCCAGCUAGCAGGGGAACUCUUGUUUAUCCCAACUGGUUGGUUUCAUCAGGCGUUGAAUGUGGAGCCAACUCUGGCGGUGUCAGGACAAGUUAUGAAUGUCCACAACUACUUGCCAGUGCUUGAAGAAAUCCUCAAGGGUGGAGGUCUGUCUCGCUCGGAUUUACCAGACAAUAUGGAAACUUUAACCCCUAUGGAACUGGUGCAGGCUGCUAUAUCCAAGGUUUCAGUGGAGACCUUAAGGCGAGGUUCUCAUAUCACUCAAAAGGUUUUAGAGUAUGUAAAUAAAGUGCAAAAUAAAUAAACUCUUG